AUGGGAAAGAUCAUCUUCUAUGAGGACAAGAACUUCCAGGGCCGCUCUUAUGAGUGCAGCUCUGACUGUUCUGAUCUCCACUCUUACUUCAACCGCUGCAAUUCCAUCCGAGUAGAGAAUGGAAACUGGAUGCUGUAUGAGCACCCCAACUACACUGGACACCAGUACUUCCUGAGGAGGGGGGAAUAUCCUGACUUCCAGCAGUGGCUGGGCUUCAAUGACUCCAUCAGGUCUUGCCGUAUCAUUCCUCUGCAACGUGGUCCCUACAGAAUAAGGAUCUAUCAAAAAGAAGGCUUUAAAGGAGAAAGCAUGGAGUUUGUAGAUGACUGUUCCUCAGUCUAUGAGAGUUUCAACUAUCAUGACAUCUACUCUUGCAAUGUCUUUGAUGGCAACUGGAUCUUUUAUGAGCAGCCAAACUUCAGGGGGCAACAGUAUCACCUGGGACCUGGAGAGUACAGAAGAUGCAUUGACUGGGGAGCAUCUAACCCCAGAGUUGGUUCCUUCAGGCAUGUUAGGGAAAGUUAUUAA